CGACCCUGAUGCGGAUCUGGAGCCCGAGCCGAACCCGCAGCCAGACCCCGACCCGCACCCUGCCGGUGCCCAUCAUCCCCCGCCGGUGCCCAUCUCACCCCCCAAAACCCCACGCUGCCGUUCUCCGCUCCUCAAAACGCCCUGGAGCAGAAAUAACCCCCGAUAACCAAGCUCUUUUGCCGGAAAAGUGAUUUUUUGGGGGGGCUUAAAUUAUGUUCAUUAUUAAGGCAAAGCGUUUCCGCGCUCGUUUGUAUUUCAGAGGGUCCUCCUGUGCUUUCAGCACUGCAGCUCAGCAGAGAAGUACAGGAGACGAGUGUGGCCCAGACGAUCCCAGUGACGAGCCCAAGCACUCCCUCUCUGACUGUGCCUUGGAGCACAAAGCCAUAAAAUUGGAGGAGCAAGUCCGAGAUUUAACUGAGCGAUACCGGAAAGCUUUGGCAGAUUCCGAGAAUGUCCGGAGGAGAACACAGAAGUUUGUGGAAGAUGCCAAACUCUUUGGGAUCCAGAGUUUCUGCAGGGACCUGGUGGAGGUAGCAGACAUCCUGGAGAAGACAGCCGAGAGCGCCGCGGGCCAGGCAGAGCCCAGCGAUCCCAACCCGACCCUGAAGAAGAUCUACGAGGGCCUCUCUCUCAUCGAGGCCAAGCUGCAGAGCGUCUUUGCCAAGCAUGGCCUGCAGAAGAUGAACCCUGUGGGUGGCAGCUGCUGGCAAAAUGGAGCUGUGCCCUUAAGCAGGAAAUCUGGACUGUUCUAUUUUCUCAGCUCUUCUGUAGAGAUCCUCAGAUUACACCAACUUCCAGUCCACAUUCUGAUCCUACUUUCAAUGGUCCUAGCAAAUAUGAAACCUUUUCGGUUUUGAUGCAAGGAGAAAAAUCUUCUCUGCUCCAAAGUCUCAAGUGCCCUUGAACCAAUUUUAGCAGCAGUGAGAAGAAAGCAAGAGAAGCAGAAGGCUGAGGAAGUGAAAGCUGACCUCGAGCUGUCCUCCUGCUUGGAGGCAUGUUGUUGUCACAGCACAUAUGUAUUUCCCACUGGCUUAAUUGCCUGGGAGUUCAUUUGUCUCAGCUGAAAGGAUGCAGUCACUGAGGAGGAUCAGAAUUUAACCCUUUGCAGAGCAGCAAGCAGUCAAAUGACAGAAGAACAGACAAGCCACAAAACCAGGAAUGGUUGUUUUUCAGGUUGUUUCUAACUGAUUUGUUCAUCCCUUCCUUUUUUACUUUCUGGAAUUGGAUCCAUAACCUGACAAAUGCACUUCCAAAAACGCUUUACUUGGAGUGGAUGCCAUCGAUGGUUUGGUAGAAAAUUUAUUCUUCUCCCAUUCCUUUGCAGGCUUCAGCUGAAAAACCCUUUUGUGGUGGACUUCAAGAUUACCACAGCCUUUAAUACUGACAGUCUUUCACCUGGAGAGACUGUGUGCAGUCAGUGGGUUGUCAUCCCAGAAAUUUAGGGAAUCUGCACCUUUCUCACCUGCCCCAUGCAACCUUUUUUAGUGGCAGCUGUGGUGUGAGUCUGUAGUGGAUCCUUUCUGGAGUGUGGAUUUCUGGUUCUGAGGGGGGUACUGGAAAUUUCAGCCCUGAAACAGCGCUUCUGGCAGCUUUAGCUCAUGGACAGACCUCUUGUUCCGUGCUCUUGUAUUAUUAUCAUGGUUUUGGAAGUUUCAGAGAUAAACAGGACUUCCUAUUGUUCUGCUGAGCAGGUCACCAGGGUACGCUGUUCCUCCAGAGAAGAAUGGGUAAAAUAUGAAAUGCGGCGCUACAAAUCUUGCUGUUCUUCCUCAAAGGUGAGGAACCCAUGUCCUCAGCUGGAAGGAACAGUGGGGUCUCUGCUGCCUCUUCAGCCCCUGCUGUAUCAGCUGAGUCUUGCAGUGUGAGGGGAGAGCUGGAAACCAACUCUGAAAGUGAAACGUUAAUUGUAAGGAACCGAACAGAAGCGCAGGAUUUUACACAACAGACAGUUUUGUGUCACAGAGAGGCUGCAGCUGGGUGUGACCAGGAGCGAUGGGAUCCAAACCCUCUUUAAACUCACCCAUGGAGCCACUGGACUGGGAAAAAAAAUGUUACAGCCACUCAGUCCAGCUUGGGUUUGCCAACCCUGCCUGUGUCCUCAGCCAGCAGUCACCCACUUCUGCCUUAAGGAAAUACCGUAAAAUGCACUCCCGACCUUCUGUCUGUACUGAGAGAUGGUUUAUUCAGCUUGUCUGUCUGGGGGCUGCGUUCACUGAGGCACUGCAGUGUGGCUGCAGCAAGGAUCUGAGGGAUCCAGUUCCUGUGCAGUCUUUCCCACCCUCACAGAGGCCCUGUUUAAUUUGGGGCAAGUUCUUUUCCCAGUCAAACCUACGAAACUUCUGCAGGAUCCUAUCAGGUUUUAUCAUUCAUGUGAAAUGGACCCAGUGCUGAGAGACUCUUUCACAGAUGUUACCAAAGAGAUAAAUCCUGUAGCUGUUGUUUGUCCCAGUUUCUGCUUCCUUUGAAAGGUGAAGUGAAAAUGAAAUAACCAAACCUGGAUUCCAUCACAGAAUCCAGAUUCCCCAGGCAAAAUUUGAUUCUCUUGCCUUUCAAGCACAUUUAAUGAUGUCUUUUGUCCUGGAUGAGAUUGUGGAAGGGUGGGUUGAAUUUCUCCUUGGUUCUCACUACCUUUUCUGCCCUGUUUGUGUAACUCUUGCAGGAAGGGACUGACCCAUGGUCACUUUAUCCAAUGACUGUUUAAUAAAACACAGGAAUACAUUAGCAGGGCAGGAAUAGCAGAGGAGAGGACCUCAUGUACCUUUUAGUUAUUUCCACACCUGGACAAGUCUCCAGUGGCACUGUCAUGAGCAUGGCAAGAUCUGAACUCUGACCAGGAGCAGUGCAGAAUGAGAUGAAUGUUGCUUUGUGAACCUUAACUUCUCAGUGCUUCAGCAGCAGAGUUUCUGUUGGAAGAGCUGUGAUCACUCAACAGCUCUUAGCAGUCCCUUAAUUAAAAAAAAAAAAAAAAAAGUAUUUAAGUUUUAUAUUGUGAAUAGUGUAGUAUUUUUUUAUUUUAAAACUCGAGAUGUUUUGAUAUUUCUUGCAAAGUCAAAUGAACAAAGCGUUGCUAAUCUCCAAAAAUCGAAGGCCAUUUAGGUGGGGGGAAGAUGCAUAUAUAUUGUAUUUUUUGUGUGUUUCUGUGCUCUUUGUUUACCCAAAGGUUCUGGCUGUACAAAAGACAGAGAUGUGUGGGAGCAGCGCAAGGAAUUGACAACGACAUUUGAGUGGAUGUUGGAAAGGGCUGAUUUCCUUUAGAUGUCCAGAUACUGCCCAUUUGCUAAUAAAACAGAAGAAUUGCA